UCUCUCUCUCUCCCUCUCUCUCUCUCUCUCUCUUUCUCUCUCUCUCUAACACACACACACACACUCACACACACACUUGCUUCUCAAGCAUUUGUUGUGCAGUUCCUCUUUGUCUGCUGGGCAGGAGGGCAAAGGCAUCUGCCUGGCCCUCGCUGUGCACCCCCUAGCCCCCACCCCCUGCAAUGUCUUGGGGAUGCUGUAGCCUAGCACCCCCUCCCCACCAUACACAGAGACGAUUUCUCCUGCCCCCUCCCCAAGAACAUCCAAGCAUGUUCUCCUCUCUCUCUUUUCUCCUUUAGACACACACACACACACACACACACACACACACACUCCCUCUCAACACACAUACAACCCUGGGCUGAGCUGUUCUCGCUGGCUGCAGCCGUGGGCCCCUGCUCACCGUGCUGCCACCGCUGCCGCCGCCGCCGCCGCCGCCGCCGCUGCUGCCUGCGAAAUGACGGCGGUUCCCCUCACUUCCAGGAAUCCACGCUUCCUGGAAGGUGAGUGGCUGGGCUCACCCCUGCCUGCCACCGAGACGCAGACAUGCACACACCACCCGCACUCCCUCGCCGUCUCCAAGGCGGCGGCCGCGUUCGCACCCCAGGGUCUCACCGGCAAGGGAAGGAUAAUCUGGAGAGGGAUCCCUCAGGAGGGUGUGUUCCGGAUUUCUUGCCUCAGGCCCAAGACUCCAACCAUUUUAUAAUGGAAUCUUUAUUUUGUGAAAGUAGCGGGGACUCAUCUCUGGAGAAGGAGUUCCUUGGGGCCCCAGUGGGCCCCUCAGUGAGCACCCCCAACAGCCAGCACUCUUCUCCCAGCCGCUCACUCAGUGCCAACUCCAUCAAGGUGGAGAUGUACAGCGAUGAGGAGUCAAGCAGAUUGCUGGGACCAGACGAGCGGCUCCUGGAAAAGGAUGACAGCGUGAUUGUGGAAGACUCGCUGUCUGAGCCCCUGGGCUACUGUGAUGGGAGUGGGCCAGAGCCUCACUCCCCUGGUGGCAUCCGGCUGCCCAACGGCAAGCUCAAGUGUGACGUGUGCGGCAUGGUCUGUAUCGGACCCAACGUGCUCAUGGUGCACAAGCGCAGUCACACUGGUGAGAGGCCCUUCCACUGCAACCAGUGUGGCGCCUCCUUCACCCAGAAGGGGAAUCUGCUGCGCCACAUCAAGCUGCACUCUGGGGAAAAGCCCUUCAAAUGUCCCUUCUGCAACUAUGCCUGCCGACGGCGUGACGCACUCACUGGCCACCUCCGCACACACUCAGUUUCCUCCCCCACCGUGGGCAAACCCUACAAGUGCAACUACUGUGGCCGGAGCUACAAACAGCAGAGUACCCUUGAGGAGCACAAAGAGCGGUGCCACAACUACCUACAGAGUCUCAGCACUGAAGCCCAAGCUUUGGCUGGCCAGCCAGGUGAUGAAAUCCGGGACCUGGAGAUGGUGCCAGACUCCAUGCUGCACUCAUCAUCUGAGCGGCCAACUUUCAUUGAUCGCCUGGCCAACAGCCUCACCAAACGAAAGCGCUCAACCCCACAGAAGUUUGUAGGUGAGAAACAGAUGCGCUUCAGCCUCUCGGACCUCCCCUAUGAUGUGAACUCGGGUGGCUAUGAAAAGGAUGUGGAAUUGGUGGCACACCAUGGCCUAGAUCCUGGCUUUGGUGGUUCUCUGGCCUUUGUGGGCACGGAGCAUCUGCGUCCCCUUCGCCUUCCACCAACCAAUUGCAUCUCAGAACUCACGCCUGUCAUCAGCUCUGUCUACACUCAGAUGCAGCCCCUCCCCAGUCGGCUGGAGCUCCCCGGGUCUCGAGAAGCAGGAGAGGGACCCGAUGACCUGGGUGAUGGAGGUCCCCUCCUCUACCGGGCCCGAGGCCCACUGACUGACCCUGGGGCAUCCCCCAGCAAUGGCUGCCAGGACUCCACAGACACAGAGAGCAACCAUGAAGAUCGGGUUGGGGGGGUGGUCUCCCUGCCUCAGGGUCCCCCACCCCAGCCACCUCCCACCAUAGUGGUGGGCCGGCACAGUCCUGCCUAUGCCAAAGAGGACCCCAAGCCACAAGAGGGGUUAUUGCGGGGCACCCCAGGCCCCUCCAAGGAAGUGCUUCGGGUGGUGGGUGAGAGCGGUGAGCCCGUGAAAGCCUUCAAGUGUGAACACUGCCGCAUCCUCUUCCUGGACCACGUCAUGUUCACCAUCCACAUGGGCUGCCACGGUUUCAGAGACCCUUUCGAGUGCAACAUCUGCGGUUACCACAGCCAAGACCGGUAUGAAUUCUCUUCCCACAUUGUCCGCGGGGAGCAUAAGGUGGGCUAGUGACCUCUCCCCCUGCCCUCGGCCCACCACUCCAUGGCUCCACCUCCAGGUGUCUAGCGCUGGUGUUUUGUAUUGUAGCCGCCACCCCUGGCCAUCAUCCGACUUCACACCCAACUCUGACCCUGCUUACCUGUUCUCUUCUACUCUGACCGAGUUAAGCAUUGUGACGAAAUAGGUCUUUUGCUUAUGUUUCUCCUUGUCCUAAACUUCUCCUCUCAUCUUCCUCUCAGCAUAUUUGCUGAGUUAUUUAUUAAUGAUUUUUCUUUUGCCUUUUUAAAUAUAUAUAUAUAUAUAUGUAUGGUAGUUUCUUACCACUACCUUACCCUCCUGCCCACAGCUCCCUUCUCCCCUAGGCCUAAUCUUUUUUUUUGCUUGUUUGUUUCUUGUGGAUCUAGCAUCCUCCAACAGCCCCAGGGGUUGAAGCUCCUCUUUAUCCUAAGAGACUUUGAGCUUCUUGCUUUAAUCCUCACUCUUUAACUUAUCUGAUUCUUCACUUUUGAUGCUCAUACCUCCCAAAUGGCCCUACCUUAGCUCUGUGGCAUUAUAUCUCCUCUCUGGGACCCUUCAACUUGGUACUCCAUACCUCUCGUGCCCUCUCACUUUAGGCAGCUUGCACUAUUCUUGAAUGAAUGACUUAUUUCCUCAUUUGGAAGUCAGAGAGGCUGAAGCAACUCUCCCGAGGCAUUGUGGUCGGAGGAUCCGACCUCCCCCGGGGAAUAUGAGCUCCCCAAAGCCUACAUUCAGGAUCUCCCUCCAGGAUGUGAUUAUAGCUCUUCCCCCUCCCAACCCAUACCUCAACACCACUUUAAAUCUCCAACCUGCCGCAGUACUCCGUGGUGGCUUUCUCUCCUUGGAGUGCUCCCCCAGUUCAGCUUCUGUGGGGCCAAGGAGAAGUCUGUAAGCCCUCUGUCUCUGACACACUGGGAGCCACAGGUGCCUAGUUGGGAACCAGGGCAUGGAAAGGGGGUGGGUCAAAAUCUCUCUCCUCCACUUCUCCAACUUCUUCACCCUAGUGACCUUCCUUGGUUCUCAGGGACUCCUUCAGUCCCCAUCCCAGGAGAAAGCAGCGGGUCACUGUCCAACACCCAGGGUUCCCAAGCCCUCAGUCCUGCUGCCUUCUUCCUCUCCCUCCCAGCAGGAUUCAUUAACCCUCUCAUUCCUAGGCGCCCCGGCCCUGUUUCACCCAAGGCCAGGAGAAAAAGGGUGUCUUUUUUUCUCUCUUCUAAUUUUUCAGUAUAACCAAAAAUGUUCCCAGGAUGAGCAAUGGCAUAUUUCUCUCACCUAUUCCACCCUUGUUUCAACAAGAAUGGGAUAGGCACAACUAACUGGGGGGAGGGAGGGCCACCUACUGCCCUUCCAACACUCAGCCCACAGACACGGGGCAGCGGGCACUCUUCCCUGGUGGCUGCAGAGACCCCUAGCUAUUUGGAUAACCAAGGAUUCAGAAGAAGGGGCAUGCGGAGUAACGGUUCCACUGCAAGUAGAGAUCUCUCUCUACAAAGACUUCCCUGCCCGAGGCCACAAUCAUCACUAUCUGCUUCCUUGAGAUUCAAACCAAAGGCUGUUUUUCUAUGUUUAAUGAAAAAAGAAAAAAAAGAAAGAAAAAAAGAAAAAAAAUAGGAAAAACCAAACACAACACCUCAUAAGUUGUAACCCUUGAUCCUUUUCUCUUCCCUUCCCUUCUAUCUUUCUUUUUAUGUGUCCUUUCCUAUUAGCUCUUUUGCUUAUCCUGCUUUUCUCACUCCCUUUCAGGGAUAUUUGGGGGGAAUAGUAAAGGGUGGGCUAAGGAUCAGACCCUGGGAUUAGGGCUUUUAAGGGUUCUUGGAAGAGUCUACCUGUAUCAUAGGAAAGGAAAAACAAAACAAAACACACAAAACAUUUUCCGUCUCCCCCACCCCUGCCCCCAAUAUUCUGGUUUCCCCAGAAGAACCAGAAUGGCAGAGAGGCCUUGUAGGCAAUUUCUUCCUCCUUGACAACAUCGCAAUAAACAGGUGUUGCCAAGGGCCAGCUGGGAGUCAGCUGAAGGGAGUGGUCUCUGGAGGAGGGAAGGGUCUGCUCCCUCUUGGUAGCAGCUCCUUGUUUAGGAGGGCACUGGAAUGAGGUUAAUAUCCAGGCUUCUCCUGAACUCUAUGGUCACUCUUCCCACUAGACCUGCCCCUCCCACCUCUUCUGUGUCUGCUGUGCAUUUGGGGGGAUGCCAAGGAUGAGUUCCCUCAGGGGCAGCAGAGCCUUUGGGCAUUCCCAUCCCCUCUUCUAGUCAGCCUUGGCACCUCUAACCUCCUGAAACAUGAAGGACUGCUCUGAAGCUAACCUCUGUGCCCCUGAGAGCAGACACUGGAAGGGCAAGACCAGGUGCUAGGGAGAAGAGAGAGAGACAUCUGGUCUCUCUCCAGACCAUCACUGCACUUUAACCAGGGUCUUAGGUACAAAGUCCUACUUUUCAGAGCCUUCCAGCUCUGGAGCCUCAAGCCUCCUCAUGCUCUCUCCCAGUCCCUUUUGCAUAAAAAAAAAAGUUAAAAAAACAACACACACCUACCCUGAAACCCACCUGGUGAAAAGAGGUGUUUCCUUUUAUACUGCUAUUCAAAAUCAUCACUACAAAAAUAAAAAAUAAAAAAGAAGAAUUUCUAAAUAGACACUUUUCCAGACCUUUGUUUUUUGUGUCAGUGUCCAAGCUGCAGGUGGAAUUUUUGUAAUACUUCUGGCAGCUUCUUUCCAUGUGUACAUAAUAUAUAAACAUCUAUAUUUUUAAUCAGAAAUUAUGAAGAACAAAAACAUAAAUAAAAAACAAAAUACAGAAGCAAGUGCAAUACCACUCUUCUCCCCUCUCCCACGGUUUCCUUUGUGGCCUGUUUGGUGUCUUUUUUGACCCGUUUACCUCCUCUCUUCUUCUGGUUCUCUGCCCACCCAGUCCCUUCUUUUUUAAAGAGUUUUUCUCCUUUCUCAAGAGGAGUGAAGCUAGCUUUUGAGACUUAUUGCAAAGCAUUUUGUAUAUGUAAUAUAUUGUAAGUAAAUAUUUGUGUAACGGAGAUAUACUACUGUAAGUUUUGUACUGUACUGGCUGAAGGUCUGUUAUAAAUAAACAUGAGUAAUUUAACACCCCUGGGUGUUCC